AAAAUUUCCUCCACCGAUCAGCCAGCCGACCGGCCAACCGAAUAGCACGCACGCACGACCCUCGCUGGCCACGCCGCACUCGUUUGCGCCCACGAUGGCCACUCCGCCGCCGCCAUAAUCUCCGUCUGAGGAUUUGAGGCGUCGUGGCAGCUGGAUCACUGUGUGGCGUGUGAAGACCUCUACAACAGCCGCGCCACCUCCGCCUUUUCUCUCUGCUUCGACCCCCGCCGCCAACCCCAAUGUAACCCUACCCGAUUCGGCUGGACGUUCGGCGAGAUCACAGUCGAGAUUUGUGGUUUUCUCAAGGUCCGAUCCGUUCCUCCCAUCGCGUUCUCCCCCUGCAAAAUUUUCGAGUAAUUUCGUCGUACCAUAUUUGCUGCGACCAUCUAAAGCCAUAGCGCGGGCCAUCUGUUCGACGAAAUGUCCCGCAAGAAAACCAAAGUUGACGCCGUCGAGGGAGAUGCUGCUACUGCUGCCGGCCAUGACCGUCUCAGUGCCCUCCCGGACGACCUCCUCCACAAGGUCAUGUCGUUCCUGAGGGCGUGGGAGGUGGCUCGCACCUGCGUGCUCUCGCGCCGCUGGCGCAACCUCUGGGCUUCCGCGCCCUACGUCGACCUCCGGGUCUGUUGCAAACACCGUCACCGCUGGCUCCCUCUGCGCCUCACCAGGUUCGCCAACCACUUCUUGCUCCUGCGCGAGGUGUCUGCGCCGUUGCACACGCUCCGGCUCCUGUCCACCGCCGACCUUAACGGUACUCCUACGCUCCCGUACAGCCCCAAAUACGAUGAGGACGGGGAGGAUUACUGCUCUACGGAUGUCGACAUGUGGAUCCGUGCUGCCAUGAACCGCGGGGCUCGCUUUAUCCAGCUUAGUAAACAUCCAAGGCAGGAUGACUUAUCUGACCUUGAGUCUGUGCCCCUCAUCUCCCGCCACCUCAAACACCUGCACCUAUCCGGUACAAUGUUGUACGACAGGACACUAAGGCAGCUCUGUUCUCAGUGCCCUUCUUUGGAAAUCCUGGAGCUCAAGGAGUGCCACUUGGAUGGCCCCCAGAUAUCAUCUGCCUCACUUAUCAGUUUGACCAUGGUCGACUGCAGGAUCAGGACAGAACUCUCCAUCGCUGCUCCAAACCUCGUAUCGCUGCGCUGUGUCAAUCCGUACCACCAUGCUCCCUCAUUCGAAAACAUGGGGACUCUGGCCACGGCCACCAUCACGCUUAAGGACUCUUUCUUGCAUGAUAAGUUUGAAGAUAGGUACAUUGAACCCGAUCCAGAAGUGUUUGAGUGUGACAGCAGCAGUGACCGUGAAUCAGAUGAUGAUAGUGAUGCUGAUAGCAAUUUGAGUGAAGAAUUCUAUGGUGAUGAAGUUUUAGGUGGCCAAAAUGUUAUCCGCAGCCUUUCAAAUGCUACAAGUUUGGAGCUGAUAGCUGAUGUCGGAGAGUUGAUUCUGAAUAGGGAAAUGGAAAUGUGCCCAAUUUUUAGCAACCUAAAGGUGUUAACCCUUGGUGAAUGGUGUAUGGCUGAUGACUUCCAUCCAUUAGUCUUGUUCCUGCAGCAUGCUCCAAAUCUGGAGAGGCUUUUUCUUAAACUUAAAGUGGAUCAUGAGGAAAUAGAAGACGAUAUCAAACCAGAGGGUAGAUCGUUUGUUUGCAAAAACCUUGCGACGGUCGAGAUAAAAUGUCCCAAGGAUGAUGAAAGAGUUCAUGUGUUAGCACAUUUCUUCGUGGCUAAUGGCAUAGCCAUGGAAAAGAUAUCUGUCUAUCACCGUCCGACUAGCCAAACUUGCAAAUCCUUGGCCUUAAGAUGGGGCUGAUGAGUAGAACCUGCAGUUUUGGCGAUAAUCCUCUCACACGGCACAGAUCAUGGCUGCAGAAUUAAACAGAGCUGCUGAUGCUUCUUGUGCGUAUCUCUGAAGUCUGAACCAUGUGUGGGCCGUGUGGCUACAUGAAACCCAUAAAUAGUCAAGAUUGUUUUUCUCGUGUGACGAGUUAACAUUAUUAUAUAUAGUCAACAUUAAUUCGUACUUAGACAAGUACUAUGAAAAUGAUGUUACCAUGGUAUUAUUAUCCUAGUUAUAAAAGUUUGGAGGUUAAUUUGCUUA